UGCAAGUAGAAGUGGCUCGAUUUCUAUAAACAGCUUUUCUUAGCACAGGUUCGAUAUUGGUGCCUUACACUGAACAAUAAUGUGUUCAUUUAGAGGUGAGCGGGUUUAAUGGAGCAGAGAUGUAGGUGUUAAUGUCAGUGUUAAUGUCAGUGUUAAUGAGAAGAUUGUAAAAGCGCGCUGUGUCUCUUGGUUUUCUGUCAGGAAUGUUGAUGAAAUCAGUGAAGAGGAAAUGAGCGCGUUAUAAGUGAACAGCAGCGCGGGUUGGGAUCCACUGUGAUCAGCUGGGAUCCACUGGUAUUCACCGGGAUCCACUCUACUCUAUUCUCUUUAUGCCACAUGUGUUAUAGUGUGUUUUAAGUGUGUUAGGAUGAACACAGAAGAAGUGGAGCUGCUUAGUGACUCUAAAUACAGGAACUAUGUGGCGGCAGUGGAUAAAGCGCUAAAGAACUUUGAGUACUCCAGUGAAUGGGCCGAUCUCAUCUCAGCUCUUGGAAAACUCAACAAGGUACUGCAGAACAAUGCCAAGUACCAGGUCGUCCCCAAGAAGCUGACGAUUGGGAAACGUUUGGCUCAGUGUCUUCACCCUGCGCUGCCUAGCGGAGUCCACCGCAAAGCUCUAGAGACGUAUGAAAUCAUCUUCAAGAUCAUCGGACCCAAACGUCUCGCCAAAGACCUGUUCCUGUACAGCUCUGGACUUUUUCCCCUGCUGUCAAAUGCCUCCAUGUCUGUGAAGCCUGUACUGUUGGGUCUGUACGAGACGUUUUAUCUGCCGCUGGGGAAAACGCUGAAGCCGGGACUGCAGGGACUCCUGACUGGUGUACUGCCUGGUCUGGAGGAGGGCUCCGACUACCAUGACAGGACAAAUGCACUGUUGGAGAAGGUGGCAUCAGCAGUGGAGCAGUCUGUGUUCUAUAGUGCCCUCUGGGGGAGCAUCCUGACCAGCGCGUCAGUGAGACUGCCAGCCAUCAGCUUCGUCCUUCUGCAUCUCAACCGCAAACUGUCCAUGGAGGACCAGCUGUACAUCAUCGGCAGUGACAUCGAGCUCAUGGUGGAGGCAGUCAGUACAUCUGUACAAGACUCCAGUGUGUUGGUUCAGAGGAGUACACUCGACCUCAUCCUCUUCUGCUUCCCCUACCACAUGAGUCAGGCCACACGACCUGACAUGAUCCGAAUCCUCUCUGCAGCAUUGCACGUUGUCCUGAGGAGAGACAUGUCACUGAACCGCAGGCUGUAUGCAUGGCUACUGGGUCCUCGGAAUAGCCGGCUGAGUAACCCAGAGGAAAACGCAACACACUACUUCAACACCUACUCUAAAGACCUGCUGGUGCAGGCCAUGGUUGGGAUUCUGCAGGGAAAAGCUCGAGGUGGUGAGGAGGAGAGCGCGCUGAUGCACGACCUGAAACCUUUUCGUAUUCUAAUCAGUCUGCUGGACAAACCUGAGCUUGGUCCCGCCAUCUUAGAGGACGUUCUGAUCGAAGUGUUUAGAACCUUACACACACAGUGCCGAACAGAACUGGACCUGCAGAAUCAGAACCCCUUCAACAAAGACCACACCCAACUUAGCAGUAAACUUAGAGAGAAUAAGCGCACAGCUGAGAUGAUUAAAACUGCUAACCUCUUAUUCAACUCUUUUGAGCCAUACUACAUGUGGGAUUACAUCGCUCGCUGGUUCGAGGACAGCUGCAGAAGAACGCAGAGUGGAUCAGCAGCUUCAGUCCUGUCAUUGUUUGAGUUCUGUCAGCUUGUCGACUUCCUGUUGGACAUCGUGUCUUUGCCCACUAGAAGUAUGCGAGUGAUUUGCCAGGAGACGUAUAUAGAGAUUCAGACAGAACACUUACCCCAGUUGUUGCUGAGGAUGGUGUCGGCCAUCACGCUGCAGCUCAGUGCGCUCAGUCUGUCAGAGAUCACACACUGUCUGUGUCUCUGCUCCAAAAUCCUCAGCAAGGUCCAGCCACCACUCGUCUCCCCACUCAUCCUCCCAUCCAGUGGCUCCAACCGAGAACAGGAAACACGGCAGGCCGCCCCAUCUUCUGUGGAUGUUCCAGUCAGUGAGGAUGUGUUUGAGGAUAGAGAAAGUCCUUCACUCGUGCGUUCUCCUGAGAGCAGCUUCACAGAUUUUGUUCAGUACGAGGGGGCGGAGUCUUAUGACCACGCCCCUCCCUGGUCCAGUCCCAGACAACAGGCUGGUUCUGCUGCAGCCUCUCAAUUUCAGGGUGCCCCUGUAAUGCAGCACUGCCUCGAGCACUUCCAGCACUUCCUGUGCAGACUGGUGGAGCUCUACAUUGCCCCGGGUCACACAGGGGGUGGGGCUAACCAGACGGAGGCGGAGUUGCCAGACAAGCUGUGUGUAUUUGAUCAGAAGGAGUGUGUGUCUGCCUUUACUGCUGCGUGUCAGCUCUUCCUGGAGUGUUCCAGUUUCCCCGUGUAUGUCGCAGAAGGAAACCUCAAUUCUCCUAGCAGAGAUGAGCACGAAGACAGUGGAGGUGAGACUCCGCCUCCCCGUUGGCUGGAUUCUUUGAUGAACGCCUGCUUCUCCAAGCUGGACUUCAGCGUCCGCGCCAUUGCCAUCUCUCUCCUCAUGGACCUGGUCGGUUUGACUCAGUCUGUCGCCAUGGUGACAGCAGAAAGGGUGGGUGUGGCCGACUCCUCCCAGCCGAUGAGCCCGAGUCAGGGUCGUGUUGCCGUGGUGAUCAGGCCACCGCUCACGCAGGGGAUGUUAAAGAACAUCGCUGAAAACACUGACUUCUUCAAGAGCGUGGCAGUGUUGUUGUGGGAUCAGUUGGGUGAAGCGACUCCUCAGCAUCAUCAGCGCAGUGUGGAACUUUUCUAUCAGCUGCACAACCUCGUUCCCUCAUCCAGCAUCUGUGAGGACGUCAUCUCUAACCAGCUCAAUCACAGAGACAAGAGGAUCCGUUUGGAAGCUCAUGUGAAAUUCUCGGUCUUGUGGCAUCUAACCCGAGACCUGAAUGUCACCAAGUCUUCUCCUUUUAGCCGCACCUUUGACAGGUCUCUCUUCAUCAUGUUGGACAGUCUGAGUUUUUGGGAUGAUUCUGCGAGUGCUGUGGGACGGGCAUGGCUCAAUCAAGUGCUCCAGAGACAUGACAUCGCAAGAGUUCUCGAGCCGCUUCUUCUGCUGCUGCUGCAUCCAAAAACACACCGUGUGUCCAUCCAGCGUGUUCAGUCUCAGCGCCACUGGACCUGGGCCUUUCCCAACCCUUCAGCACCAGGACUGAGACCAGAGCCACAUGGAGCUGGAUGCUUGGAAGACACAGGCUGCUCUGAUUAUUAUUGUAUGUCUCAGGAAAACCUGAAGAGACAAGACCUUCCUCUGGAUGAUAUGGAACCCUUCAGCCUAACGGUGAACCCUUUAAGUGACAGUCUGUCUCUUAUGAGCCUCAGCUUUGAAAAUGUACAUCUUUGUGGUGAAUAUCAAGCCCCAGACCAGCAGGAGGAGCCACUGAGCUCAGAGUCAACUGGCUCUCAGUCCUCCACUGUAGAUAAUGGCAGCUUGAGUGAGCAGGAAGGAAGUGGUAAUACAUGCGAUCAGGCAACACAAGAGGCAGAAUUACAGGACGAGUCCAUAAACACGGCUGUUUCUGUGAUUCUUGCUGAUCUGGUGGACAGGGUGGUGCAAAUGUUGGAAGACAGUUCAGUUGAGACACCUUCACCUCCAGUUUGGACUCAAACUGACUCAGACAGUUCCAACACCUCAGAAGCAUCUGUUGAACCACAGGUCAACAUGGUCCCCUUUUCAGGUAACCACUUCCGAACACUUCCCGAAUUGGUGGCUGGAGGCACACUGGAAUUUCUCACAGUUCCUUCAUCAUGUGAUGAACCUCAUGAAGGAAUAACAAGACACAGUUCAUCUCCUUCCAUUGUCAUGCUUCCAGAUAGUAGUGGAAAUGGUACGCCAGAGCUAAGCUUUCACCCAGAUGACCCUCGGUCCCGAAAACGCAGCCACAGCAGCACACAGCUUAGCCUAAAAGGUAAAAUCAUGGAGCGUCUUAUUGACAAAUCUCCUGGAGCCAAGCCCAAGGUGAAGAAGAACAAGAAGAAAGAGGAGGAACAUCGAAAGUCAAACCAGGCAGAUAAGAAUCGCCCCCCCAGUAUAUUCUUUGGUGACAGCUUGGACUUGGAGAAUUGGUACAGCUGUGGCGAAGGUGAGGUUUCAGAAAUUGAAAGUGAUAUCGGAUCUCCUAGUGGCGGUGCUAGUGGUCUCCUAGGCUUGUCCAGAUCAUCUUCUUGUCUUACUCGUUUUAACAUUCACCCCCUUUACCAGCACAUCCUGCUGUAUCUGCAGAUCUACGAUUCCACUCGGACUCUUCAUGCUCUUUCUGCCAUAGCUGCCAUGUUACGCACAGCUCCUGCUGGCUUUGUCAGUGCCAUCUCAACCACCAGCAUCAACAACACCUACACACCUCAGCUCUCGCUUCUUCAGAACCUUCUAGCCAGACAUCGCGUUUCCGUCAUGGGUAAAGAUUUUUAUUGUCCCAUUCCCCAGGAUUCACAUUCACAUCCCUUCCGCAGCGCCAUGUACCUGGAGAUCAUCAUCUCCCUGUGCCUCUACUUCUUGAGGAGCUAUUAUUCAUCACACAUUCCAGCAGCUCCACAGGAUCUGGCAGGGAACCGUGCCAUGCAGCUGGCCAGCGUUGAAGUCCUGACUCUGCUCUUCAGCGAGCUUGUCAAGGUGACUGGCGGCUCGGCUAAAGGGUUCGCCAGCUUCAUCAGUGAUGUUCUUUCCAAGUGCAAGGUGCAGAAGGUGGCACUGCACUGUCUGCUCUCGUCCAUAUUUAGUGCUCAGAAGUGGCAUGAGCAGCACAUGCGUGGAACCAAUAUGCCCGUUGUCGAGGAGGGACUAUCUGAGGAUAGUGUCAUCAACUUGUCCGAGGACCAGCUGGAUGGAUGCAGUGGUGUACAGUCUCAACUUCUUCGUCUGCUUCAGAGCCUCAUUGUACUCGAGCAUCAUGUUCUGGUACCUGGAGAUGAAAGUGGAGAGGUGGUACCAGGAACAGGGAAUUCAGGAACUGUUGGUGGAGCUGGGGCUGGUUGUGGUGGUUUUGAUAUCCUGGCUGGAGAAGUGGAGCAUGUGAAUCCUCAACAGCCAAUGGCAUCACUGCAAUACCUGCAUGGGCAACCAAUUACAGCACAGGGUAUGUUUUUAUGUGCUGUGAUACGGGCACUUCACCAGCACCACACAUGUAAGAUGCACCCGCAGUGGAUUGGCCUUGUCACGGCCACGCUGCCCUACAUGGGUCGGGUUCUGCGUCGCGUGGUUGCUUCAGUGACAAUACAGCUCUGCAGGAACCUAGACCACCUGAUCCAGCAGUACCGCUAUGAGACUGGAAUCACAGACACCAGGCCCCAGUGGAUGGCGCUGUGUAUUCCUCCUGAUCUGAUCCUCACUGUGCUGGAGGGAGUCACGGCCAUCAUCCAUUACUGCUUGCUCGACUCAUCCUCUCAGUACCACCAGCUUCAGGUGAGUGUGGAUCAGAAGCACCUGGCUGAAGCACGCUCCGGCAUCCUGUCAAUCCUUCACACCAUCAUGUCCUCUGUCACGUUGCUUUGGAGUGCACUUUACCUGGCUGACAGCUCAGAGCGACCCAGUGGAGCAACCUGCAGCUCCAACAUCAACCUGGGGUCCACUAAGAAUCUCCGUCAGCAAAUCCUUGAACUCCUCGGCCCAAUCUCGAUGAACCAUGGAGCUCACUUCAUGGCUGCCAUUGCUUACGUCUGGAACGAAAGAAAACAGAACAAAACUCCUGCCAGGAACAAGGUAAUUCCAGCAGCGAGUGAUGAACAGCUCCUCCUGGUGGAUUUGGUGAGGAGUGUUAAUGCCAUGCGCACUGAAACCGUCAUGCAAACAGUGAAGGAGGUUCUCAAACAGCCACCAGCCAUCGGCAAGGAGAAGAAACAUCUUUCUCUUGAAGUCUGCAUGCUACAGUUUUUCUAUGCGUAUGUUCAGAGGAUUCCGGUGUGUAAUUUAGUCGACAGUUGGCCCUCACUGCUCUCGCUGCUGAAAGACGCAGUUCAGCUCGGCCUUCCUGCCCCGGGGCAGUUCCUCAUCCUCGGCGUUCUGAAUGAAUUUAUCCUGAAGAAUCCGACUCUGGAGAGUAAGAAGGACCAGCGUGAGCUGCAGGACGUGACCCAUAAGAUCGUGGAGGCUAUCGGGACGAUCGCAGGUUCCUCUCUGGAACAAACAACAUGGUUGAGGAGGAACCUGGAGGUGAAACCAUCUCCUCAGAUUGUAGUGGAUGGAGCAGGGCUGGAUUCAGAUGUAGAGGAUCUAAUGCUCACAGUGAUGGAGGCGUCCAGUUUUACUCCCUCAGUCUACAGUGUUCACGCCCUCACACUGCUAGCAGAGGUGUUGGCUCACCUGUUGGACAUGGUUUUCUACAGUGAUGAGAAGGAGAGAGUGAUCCCCCUGCUGGUCAACAUCAUGCAUUAUGUUGUGCCAUAUUUACGCAACCACAGUGCACACAAUGCUCCGAGUUACCGGGCAUGUAUUCAGCUCCUGAGCAGUCUUAGUGGAUAUCAGUACACACGGCGAGCGUGGAAGAAAGAAGCCUUCGACCUGUUCAUGGAUCACACCUUCUUCCAGAUGGAUGCGUCUUGUGUGAGCUACUGGAGAGCAAUCAUAGACCAUCUGAUGACCCAUGAUAAGACUACUUUCAGAGAUCUGAUGACACGUGUAGCUGUAGCUCAGAACAGCUCUCUGAAUCUCUUUACUAAUCGUGACGCAGAGCUGGAGCAGAGAGCCAUGCUGCUAAAACGCCUCGCCUUCACCAUCUACAGCAGUGAGGUGGACCAAUAUCAGAAAUACCUCCCAGAUAUACAGGAGCGGUUGGUGGAGAGUCUGCGUCUCCCUCAGGUACCGAUCCUGCAUGCCCAGGUGUUCCUGUUCUUCAGAGUUCUGCUGCUGCGAAUGUCUCCACAACACCUCACCUCCCUGUGGCCUACCAUGAUCACUGAGCUGGUUCAGGUGUUUUUACUGAUGGAGCAGGAGCUCACUGCAGACGAGGAUAUCACCAGGACGUCGGGUCCCUCGGUUGCAGGACUGGAGACCACAUACUCUGGAGGAAACGGAUUUUCAACAUCCUACAACAGCCAGCGCUGGCUCAACCUCUAUCUGUCUGCCUGCAAACUGCUGGAUCUGGCGCUCACUCUGCCGUCUGAGAGUCUCCCGCAGUUCCAAAUGUAUCGCUGGGCAUUCAUCCCAGAGUCCUCGGAUGAUUCCGGUCUGGAGGUGCGCAGACAGGGGACACACCAGAGAGAGUUUAAACCUUACGUAGUGCGACUGGCAAAGCUGCUGAGGAAAAGAGCGAAGAAAAGCGCAGAAGAGGACGUCUCGAGUCGGACGUUAGCGUGGGAGCCUGGACGCUUGACUCUGACUCUGUUCGGGAUCCGUAGCAUCGAGCAGCUUCUGCCCUUCUUCACUGUGCUCAGUCAGGUGUUCAGCAGCAAAUCAGGCAUCAGAUCCACGUCAUUCCACAACAGCUCCCCACCCAGUGACGCUCCGAACGCCUCGAAAAACAACAAACACGAGAGCCAGAAAAUGUUCUGGAGCCGAGCCAGACACGACAUCGAGGAGAUGGUGGAGAAAGACUUCCUGGAAGGUCUCAUAAAAACAUGAUCGGACCCCAAACACCUAAAUGUAAAUAAAGAACUGUGGGAAACACUAACACCUCAACUUUUAGACAAAAUGAAAAAAGAAAUGAAGUAUUAAACAAUUUGUAUAUGGGUUUUUUCUUUUUCUAUUUAUAAUUAAUGUUUUUUCCAAAGCCUUUAUUAAUUUAAUUUAAUUUAAAGCCUUUUAUCUGAAGAGGGUGGGCCUUAAAACCCUCUGAAUAAUGUGAAGAUUCUUUGUCAUUCCAUGUUAUGAUAAAAAUAAAGACAUAUCAUCUAAAAAAAUUCCAAAAAGAACAGUUAAAAUAAUGUGUAAAACAAUAACAGCUCAGGCGAAAUCAGGAUUAUUUAACAAACUGGAGGUGCACUUAUGAUUUCUUUCACUUUUCCACACAUCUAACAGAUCUUUAAACCAGAGCUGUGUCUGCACCGGACUGGAAUUUUGAGAUGGUCUAGUUUAAUUUGCCAGAUAAUGAAGAUGUAGUGACCAGAAUAUUAAACCCCAUGCAGCUUGUUGGCAAGGACGGCUGUUUAAAUUAGCGUCAGCUCCGUUGUGUAUAUCACAAGUAUUUCAUCAUCAUCUACAGAACGGUUUCAUUUAUUCCUCAGUGUUAUAAUGCGAUGUACGAGUGUGUCCUUUACGUUAGGCUGAACACAGCUCAUGUCUUUAGUCAGAUAUUGUGAUCUGAGACACAGCUGAUGAUCUGCAAUGCUGCCUGCAUGGCACUCAGACCGAGCAGCGCUGCUGUUAAACCCUGACCUGCUGAAAUAAACCACUACUUUGAUUAUUA